CUACACAUUGUCGCCUAAAGGAAGAAGAAGAAGAAGAAGAUGGAAAGGAUCAAACUUUCUUUCCCAGCAGACACUCCACCACUCUCAGUCAUCGCCGCUCUCUCCAUCUCCUCCUCUCCCGUCACUAUCGAUUCCUCCUCCUCCGCCUCAACCACCGUCCCUACCUUCCUCUUCUCCGACGGCCGGAAACUGAGUGGAACUUCUGUUCUUCUCCGUUACAUUGCUCGAUCAUCUCCCUCGCUUCCUAACUUCUACGGACACAAUCCUUUUGAAUCUUCUCAGAUUGAUGAGUGGAUAGAUUACGCUUCUGUCUUCUCAUCUGGUUCGGAGUUUGAGAAUGCUUGCACACGUGUCGAUAACUACCUUCAAAGUGGGACCUUUCUUGUUGGGUGUUCUCUUUCCAUUGCUGAUGUUGCUGUUUGGUCAGCUCUUUCUGGAUCCGGUCCAAGAUGGGAGAGUUUGAGGAAAUCUAAAAAGUAUCAGAAUUUAGUCAGAUGGUUUAAUUCUAUAUCGCUUGAGUAUGCUGAGCCUCUCAAGAAAGUAGCAGCUUACACUGUGAAGAAAGGUUCAGGGAAGCCUGUUGCUGCUGCAUCAUCCAAGUCCAAAGACCAACAAGUUUCAGAUGUGAAUGAUAAAGGAAAACCUGAAGUGGACUUGCCUGGUGCAGAAAUGGGAAAAGUCAAACUCCGGUUUGCUCCUGAACCGAGCGGUUAUCUCCACAUUGGACACGCUAAGGCCGCGUUGCUGAACAAGUACUUUGCCGAGCGGUACCAAGGGGAAGUGAUUGUGCGUUUUGAUGAUACUAACCCUGCAAAAGAGAGCAACGAGUUUGUUGACAAUCUUGUGAAGGAUAUUGGAACCUUGGGGAUCAAGUAUGAGAGAGUGACGUAUACUUCUGAUUACUUCCCUGAGCUGAUGAGCAUGGCUGAGAAGCUUAUGCGUGAGGGUAAGGCUUACGUUGAUGACACACCGAGGGAGCAGAUGCAGAAAGAGAGGAUGGAUGGGAUUGAUUCAAAGUGUAGGAACCAUAGCGUUGAGGAGAAUUUGAAGCUAUGGAAGGAGAUGAUUGAAGGAAGUGAGAGAGGGUUACAGUGUUGUGUCCGUGGGAAGUUAGACAUGCAAGAUCCUAACAAAGCUAUGCGAGAUCCUGUUUAUUACAGAUGCAACCCUAUGCCUCACCACCGUAUAGGGAAUAAGUAUAAGAUCUAUCCGACAUAUGACUUUGCUUGCCCGUUUGUUGAUUCCAUUGAAGGUAUAACGCAUGCCCUUAGGUCUAGUGAGUAUCAUGACAGGAAUGCUCAGUACUAUAAGGUUCUUGAGGAUAUGGGAUUAAGAAGAGUUGAGAUUUAUGAGUUUAGCAGGUUGAAUCUUGUUUUCACUCUUCUAAGUAAGCGUAAGCUUCUAUGGUUUGUUCAGCAAGGGUUGGUUGGUGGUUGGGAUGAUCCACGCUUCCCUACAGUUCAAGGCAUUGUUCGUAGAGGUUUGAAAAUUGAGGCUCUAAUUCAGUUCAUUCUCGAGCAGGGUGCUUCUAAGAAUCUAAACUUGAUGGAAUGGGACAAGCUCUGGUCUAUUAAUAAGAAGAUAAUUGAUCCUGUGUGUCCUAGACACACGGCUGUAAUUGAAGAGGGACGUGUGCUGUUGACAUUAACUGAUGGUCCUGAUGAGCCGUUUGUCCGUUUAAUACCAAAGCACAAGAAGUUUGAAGGUGCUGGAGAGAAGGCUACCACAUUCACCAAGAGGAUAUGGAUAGAAGGAGCUGAUGCGAGUGUCAUCUCUGUUGGUGAGGAAGUAACUUUGAUGGAUUGGGGAAACGCCAUUGUGAAAGAGAUUACAAAGGAUGAGGAAGGUCGUGUCACUGCGUUAUCUGGUGUUUUGAAUCUCCAAGGAUCUGUCAAGACUACAAAGUUGAAGCUCACAUGGUUGCCUGAGACUAAUGAGUUGGUCAAGCUCACGUUAACAGAUUUUGACUACUUAAUCACUAAAAAGAAGCUGGAGGAAGAUGAUGAGGUUGCUACAUUUGUGAAUCCUUACACGAAGAAGGAAACAUUAGCACUUGGUGAUGCUAAUAUGAGGAGUUUGAAGUGUGGAGAUGUGAUUCAGCUUGAGAGGAAAGGCUAUUACAGAUGUGAUGUUCCUUAUGCCAAAUCUUCAAAGCCUAUUGUCUUAUUCUCAAUUCCAGAUGGAAGGCAACACCAGCCAUUGUCAGCUAAGUGAAGAAUCAAGCACAGAGAGAAACAACAACAACAACAACAAAAACAACUCUUUCAUUGAUUAAAAUGUUCCCAAACUUUAUCUUAUCUUCUUUGCUUAAUGUUUACAAUUAGAGCUCAAAAAAGGAAGACAAAGAUUAUGUUCUCUCUCUUCUUCUCAUUUCUUUGGUUGGUAUCUGGCCUUGAUUGUCUUAACCUGUUUGGGUUUGAUCUUAAACGUAUCAACGAGGAUGUUGUCAGGAAGAGCUCCAAAGAGAGAUGCCACAAGUGACUGUGUUCCAGGCAACUGGCUAUCAAAAGCUGCUAGCACAGAAGCUGGAGCUGAUCCAGCAAUGUUCUUCUGGAAAUGAAGAAGCCCUUUGGGGAAAACGAACACUUCUCCUUUGUUAACGUACUUGUCAACGAGUUUCCCUGCGGUUGUCACAAAACCAACGUAGAGCUGACCUUCUAGGACAAAGAUGACCUCAGAGGCACGUGGGUGAACGUGAGGUGGGUUAAGACCGUUUGGUGCGUAGUCAAUGCGAGACAUGGAGAGGCCAAGAGUGUUGAGUCCUGGUAGCUUCUCCACGGUGGCUCCGGUUACAAUGGAUCCAGUGGAGGAGUUUCCAGCUGCUUUGGCUGUGGCUAAGCCUUGGAAGUAGAAGUCUUCAGGUGUUACUUGUGUUGAGUCCUUGCAUGUGUAUCCGUUGACCUUGACAGCUUCAUUUGUCAAGAGAAUAAAUGGUUUAAAAAAUUAGGAUAAUUUAAUAAAAAGACAUGAAGAAAACUUAUUUUUACCAUUGGAC